AAAGAUAUUCUUUGAUUACAAUAUUCGUUGAAAUUUCCAAUGAAGGUUCACAAUAGUUGGCUUAUUGCGUAGAUAACACUUUUUUUUUACUGGCCGAUAUGUGUGGCCAGUGUACCUAUACUGGCCAAGGUAGAGAAAAUAGUGUUGUUGUAAUGCAUACAUUUCGGCCAGUAUAGGCCAGCAACUUGCUGUAUACUUGCAUACUUGCGAGCUACAGAAAAGGCCUGGUAAUGUUUAUUGUAACUAACAUCCAGAGUAAUCAGCGCUUUGCAACACUACUUUAUUGUCAUAUACGAUGAGCACAUGUUUCAAACGGAGUUAGCUUUUGUUAUUCUCUAAGAAAAAAUGCCAAAAAUUAAGAGUGAAAAAAAAGCACGUAUACAUAAUGAAAUUCAGAAACAAGGUAUCAUUUAUAAUAAGGAUUUUGGGCAACAUAUUCUUAAGAACCCACUUGUAAUAAAAUCAAUGUUGGAUAAAGCGGCCUUACGACCAAAUUCAGAUAUUGUGCUUGAAAUUGGACCUGGUACUGGUAACAUGACUGUAAAAAUACUUGAGCAUGCAAAGAAAGUGAUUGCAUGUGAAAUAGACGCACGUUUGGCAGCUGAAUUGCAAAAACGGGUGCAAGGUACACCAAUGCAAACGAAGUUGCAGGUGCUCUUGGGGGAUUUCUUAAAAGCAGAACUACCUUUAUUCGAUUUAUGUAUAGCUAAUGUACCUUACCAAAUAAGUUCGCCACUUGUUUUUAAAUUAUUGUUGCACCGUCCAUUGUUUAGAUGUGCUGUGCUCAUGUUUCAAAGGGAAUUCGCUCAACGACUUGUCGCUAAGCCUGGGGAUAAAUUAUAUUGUCGUCUGAGUAUAAAUACACAACUAUUAGCACAUGUUGACAUGCUUAUGAAAGUAGGAAAAAAUAACUUCAAACCUCCACCAAAAGUUGAAUCGAGCGUUGUGCGAUUGGAACCAAAAAAUCCACCACCACCCAUUAAUUUUACUGAAUGGGAUGGACUUACACGUAUUGCUUUUUUGAGAAAAAAUAAAACUUUAGCGGCUGGAUUUAAACUAAGUUCCGUAACGGAAAUGCUAGAAAAAAAUUAUAAACUACAUUUAUCUCUUCACAAUAUGUCCAUUGAGGAAAAUUUUAAUAUGCAAAGCAAAGUCAUAAAUAUUUUGCAAAAACUUGGAAUGGAAACCUGUCGUGCACGAUCUAUGGAUGUUGAUGACUUUAUGAGACUGCUUUUAGCAUUCAAUUCUGAAGGAAUUCAUUUUAAUUAAUUUUAAGUGUAAAAAAUAUUCGAAAAUCGUUAUAUUAGUAUAUAAAUUCUAUUUAUAAAAUUUAUAAAUUUUGUGGACUAAUUUAAUUAUGUGUAAUAUAUUAGCUUUAUUUAUAUCAAAAAUGAGUAAAUUUUAAAUCGCCGAUUUUAACAACUAUAUAAUUUGAGUAGUAAUUUGGAUCGAUACCACAUAUAUGCCUUUAAUAAGCAGCUAUAUGAUACUUCAACUACUAAAAUAUGGGGUACACACAAUUACAAACAUAUAGUAGAUUGACGGCUCACAUUUUCAA